CCAACUUCCCCUUCCCCUUCUUCCUUCCUUCAUUUCUAGCUUCUUCUUCUUCUGCUGAUUUAUUUUCAUGGGUUUAAUAGUCGUCGAUUCAAUCUCGUCGUCCGACCUCUUCGUCGGCGACGUCCUCUACAAGGCCGCCUUCGUCAUCGCCGUCCUCAGAUGGGCCUUCUACUGGGCCCUCAGGCUCCGCCGCAGACUCCUCUCCGACGAAGACGAAGACUCCGGUCUCUUCCACGCCGAGCUCGACGCAUGUACGACGUCUCCUUCUUCAUCGUCGUCCCAGCUGAUCAGAGACAGUUUGAUAAGGACGACGUUUGAAGAAGUGACGAGACGACAGGGGAAAAACAGCUGUCGUGUCGACACCUGCGCGGUGUGUCUGAGCCAGCUUGAGAUGGGGGACGAGGUCCGGGAGCUGAGGAACUGCUGCCACGUGUUCCAUACGGAGUGUAUUGACAGGUGGCUGGACUACAACGGACGUGAUGGCCACGAUCACGGCGCCGGCGCCGGGAGUGAGGAUAAUCACAAGACGUGUCCGCUGUGCAGGAUGCCGCUGCUGACGUCGUCGCAGAUCGAGAGCCUGAGCUGGGAGCAGAGGGCUCAGCCGAGCUGGGCGGUGGAGAGACUGCUCUAUCUUUUUGGGGAGGAUCUGGUGUUAUAGUGUUUCUGAUUUUUGGAGUCUGGAUGUGUAAAUUGUGAUUCUUAAUUAGUUAGAGAAAUGAAUAAAUACUGUAGAAUUUUGUGAAUUACUUGGCCCCUUUGGGGCUUUGUUCU